GCGCGGCUCCGGGGAGUCCCGUGGGGACGUGAGGGGGAAGCCGAAUCCGAGGGCUGAGGACGUCUGUGAGGGACGGAAACAGUCACUUGAACCUGGGGCGGAGAGACCGGACUGGGGUCGCGGCAGGCUCCUGAAUGGGCUGGGGAGGGGGUGGCGUUGGGCAGAGCCCAGAACACAACAGGGAGGUCUCCACCAAGGCCCGCGUUUAAGGCCCCUGAUAGAGGGUUCCUGAAAGAGGGUGUUCCCCCUCUGAGGGGUCUCGAUUGCAGGAAGUUCCGGGGGUCUCUUCCGAGGCAGCUGCGGCUAACGCGGCCCAGAACUGCCCGUGGAUGACCAGGCUUCCCUGUAGCUGAUAAUGUUGGAGAUCAGCUCUGCAAAUUUCUUUGGCAUUCAGUCAUUAAAAACAAAUAGGAUGCAAGUUCCUCAACUACAGAUUAUGAAAACAGUAUUUGGAAAACUGAAAACUAUCUAAAUGAUUGUCUUUGGUUGGGCCGUGUUCUUAGCAAGCAGAAGCCUUGGCCAGGGUCUGCUGUUGACUCUUCAGGAGCACAUAGCCAACCUACUGGGGACUAGAGGUGCUGCUGCUACCAUGGGUAAUUCCUGUAUCUGCCGAGAUGACAGCGGAGCAGAAGACAGUGUUGACACCCACCAGCAACAGGCCGAGAACAAUGCAAUCCCCACUGCUGACAUGAGGAGCCAACCCCGGGACCCUGUUCGGCCACCAAGGAGGGGUCGAGGACCACAUGAGCCAAGAAGAAAAAAACAAAAUGUAGAUGGGCUAGUGCUGGACACACUGGCAGUAAUACGGACUCUUGUAGAUAAUGAUCAGGAACCUCCCUAUUCAAUGAUUACAUUACACGAAAUGGCAGAAACAGAUGAAGGAUGGUUGGAUGUUGUCCAGUCUUUAAUUAGAGUUAUUCCAUUGGAAGAUCCAUUGGGACCAGCUGUUAUAACAUUGUUACUAGAUGAAUGUCCAUUGCCCACUAAAGAUGCACUCCAGAAAUUGACUGAAAUUCUCAAUUUAAAUGGAGAAGUAGCUUGCCAGGACUCGGGUCAUCCUGCCAAACACAGGAACACAUCUGCAGUCUUAGGCUGCCUAGCUGAGAAACUAGCAGGUCCUGCAAGUAUAGGUUUACUUAGCCCAGGAAUACUGGAAUAUUUGCUGCAGUGUCUGAAGUUACAGUCCCACCCCACAGUCAUGCUCUUUGCACUUAUCGCACUGGAAAAGUUUGCACAGACAAGUGAAAAUAAAUUGACUAUCUCUGAAUCCAGCAUUAGUGACCGGCUUGUCACAUUGGAGUCCUGGGCUGAUGAGCCUGAUUAUUUGAAACGUCAAGUUGGUUUCUGUGCCCAGUGGAGCUUAGACAAUCUCUUUUUAAAAGAAGGUAGACAGCUGACCUAUGAGAAAGUGGACUUGAGUAGCAUCAGGGCUAUGCUGAAUAGCAAUGAUGUCAGCGAGUACCUGAAGAUCUCACCUCAUGGCUUGGAGGCUCGCUGUGAUGCCUCCUCUUUUGAAAGUGUUCGUUGCACCUUUUGUGUGGAUUCUGGGGUAUGGUACUAUGAAGUGACAGUAGUCACUUCUGGCGUCAUGCAGAUUGGCUGGGCCACUCGAGACAGUAAAUUUCUCAAUCACGAAGGCUAUGGUAUUGGGGACGAUGAAUAUUCCUGUGCCUAUGAUGGCUGCCGGCAGCUGAUUUGGUAUAAUGCCAGAAGUAAGCCUCAUGUACAUCCAUGCUGGAAAGAAGGAGACACAGUAGGAUUUCUGUUAGACUUGAAUGAAAAGCAAAUGAUCUUCUUUUUAAAUGGUAACCAGCUGCCUCCUGAGAAACAAGUCUUUUCAUCUACUGUAUCUGGAUUUUUUGCUGCAGCUAGUUUUAUGUCAUAUCAGCAAUGUGAGUUUAAUUUUGGAGCAAAACCAUUCAAAUACCCACCAUCUAUGAAAUUUAGCACUUUUAAUGACUAUGCCUUCCUAACAGCUGAAGAAAAAAUCAUUUUGCCAAGGCACAGGCGUCUUGCUCUGCUGAAGCAAGUCAGUAUCCGAGAAAACUGCUGCUCCCUUUGUUGCGAUGAGGUAGCAGACACACAAUUGAAGCCAUGUGGCCACAGUGACCUGUGCAUGGAUUGUGCCUUGCAACUGGAGACCUGCCCAUUGUGUCGUAAAGAAAUAGUGUCUAGAGUCAGACAGAUUUCUCAUAUUUCAUGACACCUGUGAAGAUGCAUCACGGACUUAUUUCUACUCAAUUCCAGCCAAUGUCAAAAAGAAAAACAGAGAAAAAAAUCUCAAAUCAGUUGUACGCACAUUGAAACUUACAGCCAUGGCCAGAUUUUAUGCUAAAAAUACGGUAGUUUGUCAAAGACAAAAUUCUUUUAGACUCUAAUCCAACUUGCCAGCCCUGAGAAAUUUCUUUAAGGCCAAGAAAAGCUGAAUGCUAGCAGCCAGGCCUGUGGUAUUUCCAUGAAAAACAGUGGGAGACAAUGCCCUCCUGAGUGCCGAAACCACACCGGAAUUCUCCAUGCUGUGUUCAUCAUUUGAUCGUUUAACACAGGAUGUUUUUGUGUCAUAGUCUAAAGUUUUUAUUUUGGGGAGAAGUCAUGAUGGAGAAGGAAAUGACAGCAUUUCUGGGUUAAGCAUACUUCUCACUGGUCAGAGACACACACCAGUGGAGGUUGCACUGUAAGACUUGAAUCUAUAAAAUUAGGUUCACACAAGUCAAUCCUACAAGCAACAUGGAGAACCUGAAAGAAGGUGCAUAGACUGUAGAAAAAAAAACCCAAAUUUUUUUAUAUUUCAGUGAUUCCAAAGAACAUUCUAGUUUUUUUUAACUGCAGAAAAUCGGUGGUAUUUUCACAUUCAUGGUGUUUCUAUCCAAUUUCAGUACCCACAUUUUGUGAGGAAAAAAAUGUUUUACCAAUGCAGGAGGAAUUCUUAAAUUAAUUGCAAUGUUAGGCCGGUAUUUAGGGUAUUUUUAAGGUACCAUCAAAUCAGGUUUUUUGUUUUUUGUUUAAAAAAUUUUUUUAAUCAGUAUUGUUUUUGGAAGUAAUAUACUUUGAAACUCUCGAAUUAAUAGUCUAAAGGACAGUCUGAGAACACGUAUUACUGUUGUUUUAAAUAAAUACAUGUUUUUGAAUAUUGAAUUCAAUCAUGGAUUGUUGACUAUGUCUUCAUCAAAAGUGUUUAUCCCUCUCAGGGUCUCUGGUGAAGACCUUCAAGAGUUUGGUUUUUUUCUCCCAGAAAAUUGGAAGGUAGAAUUGUAAAUUCAUAAACUUAUUUUAUAAUGGUGUACCUCAGCAGCUGCCUUUCAAUUUAUGCCAAGUCCUUACUGAGUUUAUACUUGAAUAGUAAAUAUGUCUUCUGAGUUUUACAGUGUCUUAAAUUCAAUGCACAUUUUUUUCCCUUCCUUACCACCCUUUCUUAUUUGUAGUUUAUUAAACCUAUCCUGUUAUAGUGCUGAUUUCCUUCCUGGCUGUACUUGUUGGGGUGCUGGAUUUUUCCAUGUCUAGUCUUCCAUAAAUCCAAAUAUAUAUAUAAAUUAUAUAUAUAUAUACACAUAGAGAUAUAUGUUCUCUUUAGCUUGUGGUGAAUAUAGUAAUUUGCAUUGAAGAAUAAAACAUCUGUUGCCUUUUUUGACUAAGAUUACACAACUUUUAUUGGUGCCUACUACUAUAGUUCAAAGAUAUUAUACUUUCAGUUUCAAGGACUACUUUGAGGAUUGGAGAGAAUCAAGUACAAGAACUAAGAAGUAGCCGGGUGUGGUGGUGCAUAUGCCUGUAAUCCCAGUACUUGGGAGCCUGAGGCAGGAGUAUCAGAAUGAGUUUGAGGCCAGCCUAAGCUACAUAAUGAGACCCUGUCUCAAAAAAAAAAAGAGUUCAAUCACUUGUUCAUCCAGUAGAUCUUCAUCAAGCACCUAAUGCAUGCUGGGCACUGUGCCAUCUGUUUGCAAAGUGUUGGCAAAUAGAAGACAAUAUAUUGGUGUUUACUGAAAUAAACUGUUAGUGCCCUGAAGGAAAGAACAGAGAGCCCUAAGAUAAGAGAACAUCGGUCAAAAGAGAAUAAGGGGAAACCUAAUUUUGAUGUUUGGCUGGGAUAGGGGAAUGGGAGCUGUCAGAAGAAACCUGAGGAAAUAACACCAGUAAAACUUAAGAAAAAUAGAACAUAGACAGGGAGAAGGACUAAGGACAAGCUUCUGGGACUAGGUAGCUGGGUGAACAAGCAUUCCUAGCAAAAUGCCCAAACUAGAGCAAAGAGCUCCAGAGGCUUCAGGAUCUGAUGGAAUGCCCUGCUGCUCAGAAGACAGGACACAAGUGCAGAGAGUAGUAUGCUCCAGUGUGGAGAGUUGAGGCUGCUCGUGAUGGCCACAUUAAGGGUUUUGUGUUUUAUCCUAAGAAUAAUAUAAAGCAAAAUUUAAGCUGGAAGUACCUUGACAAAUACUUUUAAAAAAUGGCUCAGGCCAGGCAACAUGGCGCACACCAGCAGAAGCUGAAACAGGAAGCUGAAACAGGAAGAUCAUGAGUUCAAGGUCUGGGCCACAUAACGAAUUUGAAACCAAGGCCAGCCUAACCAAGUAACAAAACCUUGUCCUAAAAAAAAAAUGACUCUGACAUCUGUUUGGAGAACAAUGGAAUGGAAGGAUUGGGUAAAGAUAGAGAAGAAACAAAAUGGAAAUCAUAAGGAAACAUUGAAGUAAUCCAUCUGAGAAGUAAAAGUGAUCUGUAAACUCAGUAGAAAUAGAGAAAAACCAAUGAAAUUAAUAAUCUGCUAGUAGAGGAAUGAUGCAGGAAUCUAUCAGCUUUCUAGAAAUGUAUCCUUGAACUCUGUUCCUAAAUUCGUCGACUUUUCCAAUUCUUAACCUCUAGACCAUCCAGGAUGGAAGCAAGGUUGUAAUCUUGGAACUACUUCAAGGGGAAAAUGUUUAUUCCAUAUAGAAGAGAAAAAAUUAGGGAUUGGUGUUUGUGAAAGAGGAAACAUUCAUAUCCUGCACCAAAUGUAAGCAUUUUAACAGAAGUUAAAAGCUAGACUUUUACUGCUGGUAUAGUAUUACUAGCAAAAAACAACAACAAAAAAAUAGUUUAUGGCAUUUCUCCACUGAUUCAUCAGGGAAAUUCAGGGCACCAGCCAAAGCAAAUUGGGAAUUGCCACCUUUUGUGAAUGACAUAAAGCAGCAGAAAAUCAUGGUGCCAAUGCAGAAUGCCAGGAAACAAUGAUUAAAUCACAGAAACCAAAACAAUUUUAGCACCAGAAAAUGACUUUUGCAAUAAUUUCAACUGUCUUGAAUGUGUAUCCAUGAAAACUGCCCAAUAAGAUCAGCUCUUUCCAAGAU